CAACACAGAGAGCUUCCCGGCCACCGUACAAACGCGGAAGUUGUCGAAUCAAUAUUCAAUGUUUAAAUAAGCAUGGAAGACUUCUGUACAUAGAAAUACACCAAAUUACUUAUUUACAUUAAUUGCUGUCCUUCCCGUACGUUUCAGGACUUUCGACAUGGAAGAUGAAUGGGAAGAGGAGGAGCAGAUCGUUGUGGUGGAGCUCUCUGGUAUCAUCAACAAUGACUUCCUGUCCAAGUGUCGGGGAACAUGCAAGAUACUGGAUAUUGACAGUGACAAGCCCAUGAUGCAAGUUGGACAAUAUGUGUUUGCUGGGGAAUAUGAAGAAGCUUUAGGAACCUGUGUGCUGUUCGAGGAGGGACCGCCAAAAGGAAAAGCAGAGAGUUGUCCAGAGCUCAAGUACAUGUGCCACACCGCCAAGAAACUGAUGAUGCAACGAAUAUUCCUCGUUGAGAAGAAAGAGGGUGAAACCAGCACAGGAAGUGGUGAUAGUGGUGUACAUAUGGACACAUCAUGUCAGUCAAAUCAAGAAGAAAAUGCCAAGAAACAUGGAAAGGCAGGAGACAUUAUGGAAAACACAGAUUUGGAAGACUCAACAGUGGGUUGAGAUAUGGACUCUUUGCUGUAUUAUGACCUUCCUACACAAGUUAAAAAAGUUAGUGAGUAUAUGAGGGGCUCUAGUGUCAGUGUUACUGCAAUUGUUGCCUGACAAUGCUUUUCAAGAAACAUGUUAUACCUUUUCUUCACUAAAUAAAAAAAUAAGUAAGUUUUACAUAUGAGGGUAAACAUAAUAUGGCUAAAUAACACCUUAAGGGAUGUGAAUACAUUCCUUUCUUUCCACAUAGGAAGGGUCUUGGAAAGGGCAGUCAGAGAAAUGUCGCCCAAGAGCUGAGCUCAGCAGCAGGAAGUCCUGUCAUUGUGCUUCUCUGAUAUCAUUGAGUAUUUUUUGUACUGAUCAUGAUGAAUGUUUAACCAGCAGAGGGAGAUAAACCUGCAUCAGCUGCAAUGUUUAAGUAGAAAAUAUGCCAUGUAUCCAUUCAAAUACCUGGGAAGAGUAAGAAUAUAUUUUUCUGACUUGUGAUAAAUUAUGUUUUAUCAGCACUGCUAGGACUUUUCAUUUACAAAGUUAAAGACAGCAGAAAUAAAGGCUUUUUAUUUUUUAA